GGGAUUUUCGUUCUGUCACUGUCAAAUGUAGAGCAGGCGACCAUUGGGGACAAGGUAGCGUUGAACAGAAGAGAGAGAGAGAUAGAUAGAUAGAGAGAGCGAGAGAGAUAGAGAGAGAGGACAGUAGUCGCGUAUUGCCGCAACAUUUUUGUUGUGCGUGCAUCAUUAUAAACUUAGUGCCAGCCAGGUCUUCGGUAUUAAUUAUUGCAUGCGUAGAGCAGAUCAUCCAGCGUUGGACUGGCAUCUGAUUACGAAAGAAACGGGACGGCACCAGUGGAAAUACUAUCUGAAAACUCCAUUAGCCUUGCUUCCUUCGUUUUACAAUUGCCAGCAGUCACAGUCACAGCAGCCUAUUUCUGAGGACGCGAAUCGCGAUCACAGGGACCGCUGGAGAAGUCUCACGUUUGUCGUUUGAUUUAUAGACUGGUCACUGUAAUUUACGCAAUAGUCUAGUUUUCUGGACUCCUUGUACAAUUUUUUUGGGGGGGUCCAAAGUAGUCCAUGCAAGCCUAGUUGCUAUACCAUUUUUUAAGAAACCUACGUGACAGACAGAUUCAAUCAUUACUCUCAAAAGGGACAAACGAGGGACCAUGGUGAAUCCUGGAGGUAGCAGCCAGCCCCCUCCGGUGGGAGCAGGGUCCCUGUCCUGGAAGAGGUGUGCGGGCUGCGGGGGGAAGAUCGCUGACCGCUUCCUUCUCUAUACCAUGGACAGCUACUGGCACAGCCGAUGCCUUAAGUGCUCCUGCUGCCAGGCCCAGCUGGGGGAGAUAGGCACCUCCUGUUACACCAAGAGCGGCAUGAUCCUCUGCAGAAACGACUACAUCAGGUUAUUUGGGAACAGUGGGGCAUGCAGUGCUUGUGGCCAGUCCAUUCCAGCCAGUGAACUGGUCAUGAGGGCACAAGGCAAUGUGUACCAUCUCAAGGAAGCGUGUGUUAGGAGGGAGGUGUGCAACAAGCAGGAUGCGUGCCUUCAUUUUAACCCUAGCUUAACCCACUACUUCCUGGAUCCCUGUACCAUCCCUCCUGCCCUGCCCCCAGCCCGCCCCCUGCUCUCCAGGCACCCAGACUCUUACCUGAGCCCCCAGGCAGCCUCCUCAAUCUACCAAGACCCCCGCUUCUCUCCGUACAACACCCACCCUCGUCCCCACCCUAACUCCCUUUUACGGGAGGACAAACCCCCCCCUGCUUAUGAUGCGCCUGAGAUGUGA